CUCAGAAUAAGAAGAAGAAAGCAAAGUACUAACACUUUUAUACGAGUCUACACUGGGGGAAAAUGGCUCAUUUGGAGACGCUGAAUUCGUUUCUCUGUGACCGUUUAAUGGCUGCUGCGGCAGAAAUAUUUCAAGUAGUUAAGGACACUGUUUCUCAGUAUCAGGACGAAAUAGACCGCUCCAAACAGGAGAACAUUUAUCUGAGGAAAAUGCUAGCGGAAGUUAGCAUCAACAAUGGACCAGUUCUGACAGGUGCACAGACCAGCCGGGCGGUUGGAUUUCCUCCAGAACAGCCGAACAGUAAUCAGGAGGUGGUGGACUCGGAAACGUCACUCAUCCAAGUGAAGCUGGAGCUUAGCACCAUGCAGCAGGAUCUCAGCACCGAAGAGCAGGAUCCUGAAGAGCAAGAUGCACCGCCACUCCAUUUCCCUUCAGACUCGGCCGAGGACGUCACGAUCAAGCUCGAGCAAAAUGACGUCCAGCUGGUUUGCAACGACGAGUUAACUUCCUGUCCAGCGAAUGCUGAAAGCCAGUUCGACCCAACAACCCAGUCCUUCUCUCAGCACGACUUCUCGAAUCUCCCAUUUCACUUGCAGAGCCCGGCUGCAGAAAGACUGUUUCGCUCCAAGGUACGACGCAGACCUCUCAGGACCGAUGGGAAUUCCAAAGGGCGUAAGCUUACCAAGAGCUGCAAAGAGAAAAAACUCCGCUGCGAUCUGUGUGGGAAGUGGUACAGCACCGCUCACUCGCUCAAAAUCCACCUGAGGACGCAUACAGGCGAGAGGCCAUUCCCCUGCAAGUUCUGCGUGAAGACUUUUCACCAGAAAGCGCACUUGAAGGAACACGAGAGGACACACACUGGAGAAAAACCCUUCAGCUGUUCGGUGUGUGGGAAACGUUUCAGCCGGGCUCAGCAGGUCAGAGUGCACAUACACUAUCAUCAUCAACACCAAGCUGCCACCAUUAUUAAAAACCAACAGUGUACGUGAGACUGCAUAAACGAUUCGAACAGAAACAAGUUCGCCUUCUUUUCUCUUGCUUGUCAAAAUAUUUAUAGGUUGCCUUGACAUGCUGUGUGUGUGUGUGUGCGCGCCGAGAUAAACAUUUUAUUCCUACUCUAAAGAUGUGCAUUCUAUUACGUAUUUACUGCUGAAAUGAUUCACAGAGAGAUUAGACAACUUUUUUUUAUUUUAAAGCUGAUCCAGUUGAGUGCAAAAGUUUGCACACCCUCAGAAAAAAAUAACCUUAUAGUGACAAAACAUUUAAGGAAAAAAAAAACACCCUGAAUGAAUGAAUAUUUUUAUUAUUUUUAAAUAACGUGGUGUUCAAGAUUUUACACUUAGUUACUCGGUUAAUGUUUCCUUCCAAAUUCUUUCAUCAAUGGUUAAAAACUAAACAGAGCAAUGCAGCAGCCUGUUAGUCCUUUAUUUUAUUCAGGUCACUUACAUCAUCAUCUGGACUUUAAUGCUGUGUCCGCCAGAUGGCACGUCAGAGCCUAACAUCUCUGUCCAUCUGGUUUCCAAGUUGUACUGGACAUUUUGUGCACAGCGAUGUUUAAUGCAGACCAGAGAGAUCUAUUUCUCUUUAAACCUUGCUGCUAUCAGCGUGAUCUGCGUCUCAAAUAAAAAUCCCUCACCGUACCUUUAAAAGUAUUAACUGAUCUUUGUAUGCUAAAUAGACCUUUCAGUGGGUUUAAGAGGCUUUAAAAGUAAAAAAGCUCACUGUAAUAGAAGAACUGUUAAAGUUAGUAGUAUGUAACGGUUUAAUGCGAUUUGAGACUCGAUGUUAAGUUUAUUUAUUCAGGUGUAUAGACAGUGUCACAUGGUGCUGUACUGCCUCUGAUAUUUCUGUUGGACCUGCGUCACAUUAAUAUUCAGGUCCUGCACAAGCAAGGAGCCCAACAACCAGAGGAGACUCAUUCUUGUGUACAUGUAUAUGGUAUAAUAACUCUGUAUAAUGCAGCAUUUAGAUCGUGUCUUUGCUGAAAAUCACUCAUAGCUUUGCUGCAUUCUGUACCUUUAAGUCCAGUGUUUUAAGUCUUCACUGAAAAGUGCAUGAGAAAAGAAGACCUUGCUCUUUUGAGUUUAGGAGCUAACACCAAAACCUCCACAGUUAUCAGUUAUUAUGUUGGGGAUCGCUGAAUAUAUAUUUUUUUUCCCCUCUGUUACUCAGUAUUGUAACUGAGUCAUUCAGCCUCACAGGAAUAACAAACAUCGAGCAGCAUCCAAAAAUCUAUCACCAGAAUGAAUAAAUACAUUGGAAUUGUGCUUUAAGUGUGUUAAGAUGUUAUGAAAACGGUUCUUAUAUAGUCUUGUUGGAGGAUAUACCAACAGGUCAUGCAAACUUUUGCUCUCAACUCUCUUCUUAGAUAUGAUGCACUGCUGAAGAAAUUGUUUAUAUGGAAGCUACAUAACCGUAUCCGUAAUACAUGUUUGCUUGCUUUUUUUUUUUUUUUUGGUUUGCACCAUACUUUUGUAAAUCACAUUCGUUCUGGUUGAUCAUUUUGUGAAAUACAAAAUAAAAAGAAUAUUCAAGGUCUGCAGUGCAUU